CGCGACUUCCUCCCAACACCAACGCGCCUUCCACGAUCGAUCGACUCCAUACAUCCACAUCAGCUUUCCUCACAAUGGACCCCUCCAACCGCACAAAAGAAGCCCUAAUAGCCCGCACAGAAUCCCUCUGCACCUCCAUAGCCGACAUCCGCGUCACCGACCCCUGGGCCGGCGACGGCUACCUCUCCACCAUCCUACGCGCCGUCAAAAUGGCAGACAGCAGCGCGCACGCAAACGUCCCGCAACUCGAGGGCGUGCACGACUACGCGACCACGGCGCAGCGCGAGGGCCGCAUUAGAGAACAGACUGCGGGUUUGGUCAGGACGACGCAGGAGAUUAGCACGCUUAUACGCGAUUUGCAGGAGUUGUGGCUUUUUGGGGGGUUGGAUACGUUGGGGGAG